UCCUCCGCUGAGUGGGGACUACUUUCUCUCUGUGCACGUGGCCGUGACUGUGAUUAGUUAAUUAGCAGCAGCUGUGCGCGCGAGCAGUGCACGUUCUCGACGCGCUGCGAGGAGAGACGAGAUGAUGGAGCUGAAGAUGGAGGAGUGUCUCCUCAGGGGAGAUUCGUGUGAUCUGAUGUCUGUUCUUCACAACGAAGGGCUGACCGCCAUCACGCUCAACAGACUGGACCAGCUGGUCACCAAGGAUCUAUGUGGAUCCAGAUUCACCAGAGUUCUGAUUGUGUUGAAGUCUUUGGAGCUUCUGUCAGAGAACCGAGUACAUCUGCAGACCCUCAUUGACCACGGGCUAACCGCUAAGGUGGUUUUGUGGUUCGAAGCCGUCCAUGACAUUCUGACCUCUGACCUCCUGAAGAACUCUGCCUCUCUUCUGACCCUCACUGAGGAGUUCUAUGACUUCUUCCAGCUGCUGGGUCAGACUUCUCUUCCAGUCAGUCAGCUGUCUGUGGUUCUCCUUCGGCUGGCUCGGUUCACUAUGGAACCAGAAAUCCACUUUCCACUGAGACUUGAGGCCAUCAGAACAUUCAACAGCAUCCUGGAGUCUCUGAGCCGUGAGCAGAAGAAACUGAUCCAGAUCGACCAAAACCAGACCCUAAUACUAUCUCAGCUGGCAGCCGCAGUUCUGACAGCUGGAGACUAUGAGCUGCAGGUUAGCCUAUCAGAGGCUCUGUGUCGCCUCACUCCGAGGAGGGACAGAGAGCAAAGAUCCAAUCAGUGGUUUUCUAGCGAGGACAUCAGCAGGGCCUUCUGUGACAUCAGGGACGCAGACUUUGAAGUGGACUGUCGCCGGUUCCUGAACUUUGUUAAUGGUCUCCUUGGCAACCAAAGGAGGGUAUACACCUUCCCCUGUGUCAGAGUUUUCCUCAACUCCACUGAGCUGUUUCCACCAAAAGAUGACAAAUUGGAUGAGUUUUGGAUUGAUUUCAACAUCAGUUCAGGAUGUGUAAGCUUCUUCAUCGAUGAGCCUGAGGGUUUCCUUUGGGGGUCAAUCCACCUUCUAAAAGAAGACGUGGAUUGUUACAGUCUUCACCUGAAACAUACACAAGGCAACGGGGCAGAGACUGUCCUCAGUGUUAAACUCAAAAAACCCAUCAUGCACAACAACAGCAGAGCUCAGACAGUGGAGCUGAACUUCAACUGUGAACACCACAGCGAGCUGGAGGAGGCUGCUGGGAAAGUCUUCAUGAAGGCAAGGACUUCUCCCCGUCUUAAGAACACAGGUGGUCCGGUCCAGGGGUCCCCCUCAGCAAACGUUCACCAGGUUCGAUCGUACGGCCGGAAGAAACCACAGAGCAAGAGUCAGCUGAAGAUUCUUCCUCUGUCGUCUCCGAGCAGCGAGGAAGACUCUUUUGUCUCCAAGACUUUAGUCAGCGGAUCAGAGAUUCUGUUCGAUCAGGUUCAAUCCGAUCGACACUCGACUCCGAAACACGACUCAGGGGUUCCUGCAGGGACAGAGCUAGAGAUCUCUCAGGAGAAGGGGGAGAGGUCAGGAGCAAACAUCUCUCUGUUCGUGAAGGAAGCCUUGAGUUGUGACGGGAAGAGAGCAGCUCCAGAUUCAGGCUACUUGUCAGACCAUAACGAGGGCCCACUGGCCCAGAAGAGGAGGGCGGAGCCUCAUUCAGAAGAAGAGGAGGAGACUGCGCCACUAGUAGCUGAAUCUUCAUGUGAGGGGGCGGGGCCACCUGUCGAGGGGGAGAGGUCUAUGACAGAGUCUCAGGUGGAGUCAGACCCAACGUCUGGCAUCACAGCCGCCUUCAACAACUUCAAAACAGAACUCAACAAACACUUCAGCGGCUGUUGGCAAAACGUCGAAGCUGAAAUUCUUCUGUCUUUGAAAGAGUGUCAACAACACGUCUCUUCUCUUAUGACAGCUGUCCAUCAUCACAGGUCAAAGUUGCUGCAGAGGUUUGAGAACAGCGUCAGUGAUCAGCUGAACCGACUUCAUGAGAACUCCACCAGCUUGAACAGCAUGAACACACAGAUCCUGAGUUUUUUCCAAACCGAGAUGCAGCGACUGGGCUCCUUCUGUGAUGAACACCUGCACAGGUUGAGGUCCUUGGAGGAAGGAGAGCCAGUGGCAGGUUCUUGGUCCAGCAAAUGAGGGAGGAGAGACUUCCUGUUGUCCGCCCACAUUCAGAAGAAGAAGAGUCUGCGUGUCUCCUUCAUUUUUAUUUUAUUUUCCUCCUAGGUUUCAGUUUCAUCUUGAUAAAAUAAAAACGUACACAUCAUCGGUCACUUUGGGUUUCUUUCACAGCAAAGCCGUUGCCACGGUAACAGGCGUUUAAAUGGGCCACACGGUGGAGACAAACCCAAAGAAUGAAAAAAGGAUUCCUAACGUUCAUACUAUCACUGCAGAGUCAGAGAAACACAAUUAAGAAACUUUAAACACACUUUGGACCCAUUCAACCCAGAACGGGUUUGGUGCC